AUGUCGAGGUUUGAAUACUCAGGAGUCCUGGCGGACGAAAAAGUGGAAGAUGAGCGACCAGAGGUUCCUCGCCGAAGGUCUCUAGCAAGUGCAAUAUUCUAUGCAUUCGCGGGACUUUUUUUGUUUACUGCAUUUACCGCAUUGGUUGUGAAACUUUCAAAUAUCGGAGGUGUUCAGCCAAGCAACGAGGCUCCCAACAUCAAUUCCGACUGGGCAUCUGAACAUGAACAUGAAACACGAGCAACAGGUGACCAGUACCUCAUAGGGGUCGGCAAGGCUGAUAUCACGGGUCCUGUUGUCGAAAUAAACUUUAUGGGCUAUGCCAGUCUUCCCCAAGUUGGAACAGGACUUCGUCAACGAAUUUUCUCCAGAGCUUUCAUUGUCGGAGAUGUUAACAACCCUUCCAACCGGUUCAUUUAUCUGGUUCUCGACACAGCAUCUGGAGAUACUGCAAUUAGAUAUGGAAUACUCGAAGGUGUAGCAGCCCUAGGUUCAGCAUAUUCAAUCUACGGACAACAUAACAUUGCCGUCACAGGAACACAUCAGCAUUCUGGUCCUGGAGCAUACUACAACUAUCUUUUACCACAAAUAACUUCACUAGGUUUUGAUAAGCAAAGCUAUCAAGCAAUUGUAGACGGCGCCGUUCUCUCAAUUAAGAGAGCACAUGAGUCGCUCACUACGGGAUAUUUAAGUACUGCCGAUACAAAUAUCACGGAUGCAAAUAUUAAUCGCAGCCUCUAUGCAUAUCUUGCCAACCCUGCAGCGGAGAGGGCACUAUAUCCAGAUAAUGUUGAUAAGACAAUGAGUAUGCUCCGAUUCCAACGAGCUUCGGAUGGAUUGAACAUUGGUGUCUUGACAUGGUUCAGUGUCCAUGGUACUUCCAUGUUGGAGAAUAAUACACAUGUCACUGGUGACAACAAAGGAGUUGCAGCUUAUCUAUUCGAGAAAGCAGCCUUAAACGACCCCAAAGCUGCUCCAGGUUUCGUAGCCGGUUUCUCCCAAUCAAGCGUUGGAGAUAGUUCACCAAACGUUCUCGGCGCCUGGUGUGACGACGGCUCUGGUCAACAAUGCACAUUAGAAAACAGCACCUGUGCUGGUAAAUCCGAAACAUGUCAUGGUCGAGGUCCAGCUUUCCAAGCCUUAGAUUUAGGAGUUACAAGUUGUUACAUUAUCGGUCAAAGACAAUACGACGCUGCUCAAGCUCUCUACAACUCGUUGGAUUCGGUUGGUACACCACUCGUGGAUGGAAGUGUCAAAUCUUUCCACUUCUUUCAGGAUAUGCAGUACUACGAUUUCCCGCUUGCGAAUGGAUCGAUUGCUCAAACUUGUCCUGCGGCUUUAGGAUAUUCGUUUGCGGCUGGUACUACUGAUGGGCCGGGAGUAUUCGAUUUCACACAGAAUGAUCCAGGUGCACCCAAUGAUCCUCUUUGGAGUCUGGUAUCUGGUCUUCUUAGGGUGCCGACCGCUCAACAGGUUGCUUGCCAAUACCCAAAGCCCGUCCUUCUAGAUGUUGGUGAGAUGUCUUCUCCUUAUGCUUGGACUCCUAAUAUUGUCGACAUGCAACUCCUCCGAGUCGGCCAACUAAUAAUCAUCAUCUCCCCCUCCGAAGCGACAACCAUGUCCGGCCGCCGCUGGAAAUCCGCCAUCUCCACCGCCGCCAGCACCUCCAAAAUCACUACCACAACCCCCAAAGUCGUACUCGGCGGUCCAGCAAACACAUACGCGCACUAUCUCGCCACACCCGAAGAAUACACCGUCCAACGCUACGAAGGCGCAUCGACCCUCUUCGGCCAACACGAACUAGACGCCUAUAUCCACCUGACCACCUCCGCCAUCGGCUACCUCUCAGCAUCCAAUACCAGCCAACCAGCCCCGGGACCCAGUCCCCCUAAUAACGUCAAUGCGAGUUUAAGUUUCAUAACGGGUGUAGUAUACGAUAGUGGAUCUUUCGGAAAUGUAUCCGUGCAACCAGCGUCAGCGUAUAAGAUAGGCGCGGUGGUAAACACGACGUUUGUGGGAGCGAAUCCGCGGAAUAAUUUAAGACUUGAGGUAAUGUGGUUGUGA